AUGGUGGUCGUGGUGGCCGGAGUGGUGGCCGUAGAGGCCGUGGUGGUGGUAGAAGUGGUGGAAGAUCCAAUGUUCAGCGUCAGAUCUGUGAGAAAUUUGGUCAUGAUGCGCGUAUCUGUUACCAUCGCAACUCUGCCGUUGUUCAACCACCAUGGCAGGUGGCUCCGGCUCGUCCUCCAAGUGGGAAUCAGUGGCUCAAUCCUUGGCACAGUGCUCAACCACAUCCAUCUGCUUAUCCACCACCAGGUUUUCUCCCUUCCGCUCGUCCUGUUUCUUCAGGAGCUAGGCAAACCUCAAGCCUAUCUCACUGGAUCUGAUGCACAAACCUCACAAGCUUCUCAGCUAUGGUACCCUGACUCUGGCGCUACACACCAUGUCACCAACACCAACAACUCUGAGAAUCUUCUGGACAGUAUCUCUCUUUCAGGAUCAGAUCAAGUUCUAUUAGGCAACGGCCAAGGCCAAUUCUGAAGUGCUUUUGCAAGGAAAGCUGGGCAAGGAUGGCCUCUAUGUCUUGGAUUCUAGCAUCUCUACUGCACCACAAGUCAACUCUAUAGCUAUAAGUCCUAAUACUUCUUUUAAUUCUACUGCAAAUAAUACUAUGUCUAGCCUAGGUCCAUCUGUUUACACCAUGUGGCAUAAUAGGCUAGGUCAUGCUCAUCAUGAGGCUCUUAAAGCUACUUUAGCUAUCUGCAAUGUUUCUUUACCUCAUAAAUCAAAUUUGGAUUUUUGUAGUUCCUCUUGUUUAGGCAAAGUGCAUCGUUUACCCACUCUCUGUUCACUAUUGUAGUUAUGAUUCAUUUCAUCAAUACAAUAUAAUAGAUUUCUCUCUUCUUCUCUAUGAUACUCUCAGUUUCUGUUACAUUCAUUAAAAAUUGAUUCCAUACCAAAAAUUUAUGAUUGACAUCUAUGUGAAAGCUAAAAAAUAUUCCCAGCUUGAACUUUGAAAUCAGAAGAUUGUCUCAAUCCAGCACUAACUUUAGCCCAACAAGAAUAAAACAUAUAGAGCAAUGUUUCUACUAAGUGCAACAAUAUAACAAAAUUUUCAUAUAAUAACAAAAGGCAAAAGACAUAAACCCUGCAAACCAUGCAGAUAGAAGCAAAUCAAUUAAAAUCAGGAUGUGCAUAUACCAGUAGAUCUACUGC